UCAAUCUUGUCCUGAUAUCGUCCAAUUCAGAGGGUCUUGUCUCUCAAUCUCGUCGAGGAAGCUCGCCUCUCGCUCACUGCACCACCCACAUUGUGACGCAUCAUGUCGCUCGUCGAGGAAAUCCGCAAGAUACCCCCAGUAACUCGCUUUCUGUGCGGGUCCUCUUUACUCGUCACGAGCUCUGUAAUGCUGGAGGUUGUGUCUCCGUACUUCUAUAUAUUCGUGAAGGAGCUGGUGAUGAAGCGGUUUGAGGCCUGGAGAGUGAUUACCAGCUUCUCUCUCGGUAGUACUGGAAUCAGUUACAUCUUCGAGCUUGUCAUGCUCUACCAACACUCAAACCAGAUGGAAACCAUCUACUAUACUGGCCGAUCAGCAGACUACGCAUGGCAGCUGGUAUUCGCAGGUGCCGCUAUCCUGGCCCUCAACAUCCCGCUCCACUCCAUAGUGCACAGCCGACCGCUUCUCCAUGCCCUCGUCUACAUGACCUCACAGCUCGCACCACCUGGUACCGAAACGUCUCUCUUUGGCCUCGUGAAAUUUCCCGUCGUCUACUUGCCCUUCGCGCUCAUCGUGCUCGACCUUAUGUCCGGCGGGCGCGCCGCAGCGGCAAUGAGCAUCUCCGGCGCUGUCAUUGGGCACCUCUGGUGGUGGAGUGUGUGGGACACGCGGGUGCUGCGCAACUUUGGAACGGCGCCGCUGUGGCUGAAGAGGCUGCUGGGCGACACUGGUACGCCGUCUGUGGGUGGGACUGCAGCGGGGGGUGUUCAUGUUGUCCCGCCUAGGCGCGUGAGGGAGGAAAAUCAGGGACACCGUUGGGGAAGUGGGCACAAGCUGGGUAGCGGUUAGUGGCUGAGUGUUGUCCGGUUUUGGUCGUUGUAACCUCUGCUUGUUGUACUCCCGGGACUGCCUCUCUGAACGUUAGGAAGCAAUGUACUGUUGUCGAUUCCUCA